AACUUGAAAUCUUUUGAUGAGAAUAAUGAUGAUGAUAAGGUUAAUAUAAUUGAAAUGAUUGCAAAUAAAGUUAGUAAAAAAUCAGCUAAUCAAAAUGAAUAUCAUGCUUUUGAAUAUUUUGGUUCUGAAGAUGCUGAAAAAAUUUUGAUUGUUCUUGGUAGUGAGAUAAAUGCUGUUAAAAAUUUUGUGUCAAGCAUUGAUGGGUAUAAAUCUGGUGCAGUGGUAGUUAGAUUAUACAGACCUUGGUCAGAAAGAAAAUUCUUGGAAAAAAUUCCAAAAACGGUGAAACAGAUUGGUGUAAUGGAACAGGUCAACAAUCAUGACAAUGCUGCUAGUUAUUAUGGUUUAUUUAAUGAUGUUGUAGCAUCUUUUAAUUCUGGGCUUUGGACUAAUAAUCUACCAGCUUUGGUGAAUGUUAAAUUUUCAUCAUUUGAUACCCUUUCUUCAGAAAAUAUUGGAUUUUUAUUUAAUCAAUUGGGAAAGAAAGAUUUUGUUGAUGUUAAUGAAUUUGUAUCUGAAAAAAUAAGCAUUUCCUCAAUUUCAAAAGGUGUAAAUCGAUGUAUAUUUUGGGAUUCUGAGUCACAAGAAACCAUCACAGUUAACAAACACAUAGCCAACAUACUUGCAAAUCAUUCAAAUCUAAAUAUUUCUAAUUUAUCUACAUAUGAUAUCUAUAACAAUGGUGGUGUCAUUAAAUCAGAAUUACGAUUCAGUGCUGAUAGUCCUGUUGAUGGAAUUUAUGCUACUGAAGAAAAUGACAUUGACUACAUUUUCAUAAAUGAUUUUAGCCUAACUAGCAAAUAUAAUAUUUUAAGCUUUAUUAAAAAUGGUGGUGUUGUACUAUUAAAUACAAAGUUUACAGUUGAUGAAUUGGAAACUAAAUUACCUAAUGAUUUUAGAUAUGAGGCUGCUAAACAUAACAUUCAACUUUAUCUAAUUGAUUCAGAAAUGAUUAUUCAAGAUUUAGGAUUGAAUUUUGAUGUUGAUUCAAUUAGAUCUCUACCUUUACAGAUUGCAACUAUCAAUUUAAUUAAAAAUGAGUUGAAAUUGGAUUAUAGUUUGGAGA